AUGGGCUGCGGGAACAGCAAGGUGUUGCCUGAGGCAUCCAAGAAGGGCUAUGUAAGUGUGGUGCAAUCGCUUGUGGCCUUUAGGAAAGCACAUGAUGAUGGUGAUGAUGAGCCAAAGAAGCGUACGGAGAAGCAAAGUGGUCUGUGGUUUUCCACUCACGUUAAGAAUCUUCAACCAGCAUCGAACAUCCAGCAGCAGACACUCAGAGACGGACGACACCCGGGCAAAGUUACCAAAUACAAGGACAAGUUUGAUCCACGUGUGACAGCAAGAUAUGACAUCAAGGCGCUGAUCGGUCGUGGGAGCUUCAGCCGUGUUGUGCGUGUGGAGCACAGGGCGACUCGCCAGCCCUUCGCCAUAAAAAUGAUGGAGGUAGAGGCCCCGGGGGGCCGUGAGGUGUGUGCCUCGGAGCUAGCGGUGCUGCAGCGGGUGAGCCACUCUAAUGUGAUUCAGCUGAUUGAGGUGUUUCAGUUUCCGCGGCGGGUUUACAUGGUGCUGGAACUGGCCACAGGUGGGGAGCUGUUAGACCGUGUCGUCAGCAGGGGCCACUUCACGGAGAGGGAUGCUACGCAGGCCCUGCAGAUGGUGCUAGCUGGCGUAGGAUACCUACACAACCUGGGUAUCACCCACAGAGACUUGAAGCCUGAGAAUCUUCUGUAUUACCACCCCGGGGCCGACUCCAGACUGCUCGUUACCGACUUUGGACUGGCCACUUUUGGCAGCGCAGGCACAAGGCCCAAGGUUUCGGGUCCUGACAGAAGCGACGGAGGAGAUCCAACCGGAGCCGGAGACAAGACUUGGUUCCUCAGAACCACCUGUGGAACUCCUGAGUACUUGGCCCCUGAGGUGUUGCUGAGGAGACCCUAUUCCUGCGCAGUGGACAUGUGGGCAGUGGGGGUGAUCACCUACAUUGUGCUCAGUGGAUCCAUGCCGUUUGAGGACGACAGUCGCACGCGGCUCUACAGAUCCAUUGUGAGAGGGAAAUACAGUUUCCACGGAGAUCCUUGGCCCUCAGUGUCCAACCUGGCCAAGGACUUUAUCCAGCGCCUGCUGCUGUUGGACCCAGCCACCCGCUUGACGGCUGACCAAGCCAUCCGUCACCCCUGGGUGGUCACCAUGGCGGCCAGCUCCUCCAUGAGGAACCUCCAUCAAUCUAUUUCGCAGAACCUCAGGCAGCGGACGUCACGCUGCUCCUCCCGGUGCCUGAGCAGAACCACGAGCUCGGGCAAUUCUAACGGCGCGGGAUCGGGAAGACGAACGCCUCUGCAGAAAAGCAGAGCAUCUGGACGGAGUCAGCCGCAGAGAGCCAUACAACAUCCAGCCCGAGGGCUCCAGGAGCAUCAUCGCCAUCCAACUGGAGCACCAGAUUCAUGAGGAGGCUAAUGGGGGGGAUGGAACCAGCUGCCCCGGCUCAGUGUGUACGGCUAUCACAAAUCUCAGAGCUGCAAAUAGGGCGCCAAAGUGUCUGGGACAGGUGUUGUGACAAAAAAUUUUCCUUCCUUCUCUGGACUUCAGUCAGGAGCUUUCCCCCGAAGGCUGAGCUCCAUCCUUCAUUAGCUUCUCGUGGUUGGGUUUAGCUUUUAGUGAAUUUCCUUCAGUUUCGAGGUCCAGGCUUAUACUGAGACAGAGCUGUCCACCUCCACAAGCUCUCUAGCCCCUGGUUAUUCACACAGCUCAGACUAAUGACUUCAAGGUCUCAUCUAGAUCAUUAUGAGUCACCACAUUACCUGCCUGUGAGAAAAUGAGAAAUUCAUCAUCGAGCAAUGGGAGCUAAUCUUAGCGAGGAAUUUGAAUUUGAAUAGAAUUUGAACUCAUUUUUUUUAACAUUGUAAGGGAGAAAGAAGCAAAUACGCUGUAGCCUUCUCUUUUGUAGUCAGUCCUCCUACAUAGCAGCACCCACAAUAGAGUACAAUACAGAUACUUGGUGACAAGCCUCUAUCAAGUUAAAAUGAAGCUCUGGGUUUAAAGAGCUCCUUUCU